AUGGCAUCCUCCGAAGUUGACCAAAAGUUUUUGGGCUUCUUUGCGGCCAGCACAGGUCACGAAAAUGCCUAUCUCUCUGGUAUGCUUUACAAACUCCUUGGUCUUUCCGUAAUACUGUCGAAAAAACUCCUUCGCGCUCGUAAGCGCCGCCGGCUUGAUCCUACGAGAGAAACCAAAUCGUUACAACUCUACCACCACAUAAUAUGGCUUUCCCGCGAAGGAUUGGUGAUAACGGAACAAUACGUGCUCCCCAUGGUUGAGGCUUAUGUCGAACUGAAAGUCCUGGCCCAUAAGCUCAGAGCAUCCUUUUACCAUAUUUUCGUCCUUUUCCAUAACCAGCCAAGUAUCCACGUCUCAGGUAUUCGAAGCCUACCCACAUUUAGCUCACCGCUUCAUGUUGCGAAUGGACAUGACGCGAUUGACAAUGGCAGUGGUGUAAGAGGAGACUCAAAGUCGUCCCCGAUCCCAAAUCGAGAUUCCAUCACCGCCUCACCAACUCUUGUCGCACCAGAAGGAGGUCCCGUUGGUGGAACACACCUUCGCCCUCCUGGCCUACCAGCCGUUAAGCCCCCUAGAUCCGCCUCUUCAUUCAUACUCCCAAGUUUGGAUUACACUCCAAUAGCUACGGCUUGUUUCAGUGACGUAGCGCAACUCGCAGAUACUCUCCUCCCAGGUUCACAUCCGGUUAGGCUGUCAGUCAAGCUUGAAUAUGCAGCGUACCUGUACGAUUGCCUCCACGACUCCGACGGCUGUAGACGUCUGGCCAAACAGGCCAUCGCGGACGUCUACAAUGCGCAAGAGGGUAUGGACGACGAGAGUUUUGAAGACGCCGCUGAGAUAGUGGGCAUCUUGGGCAAAAUGGUCAAACGCGGAGGCAAGACGAGUAGCGGGGGAGGCAGCAGCACGCCAGGUGGUAGUACCCCAAGGACCCAUCAGCAGGACACCGGCGGAACCCUUCGGCAACCCCAGCAACAGCAAUAUUAUUACCAGCGGCAGCACCACCAACGAACUCCAACCACCUGA